GCAGCAAAGCCAGCUAUGCGGGCCAUGUUUAGAGACACUCAGGGGGGAACAGUGUCCCGAGACAAUGUCUGUUUCUGUUAAAUUUAGAGAGGUUAUCGCACCCUGUUCUCCCCGCUGAGCAGUGUCUCUUCUCUCACAGCUCCGUUGGGACUUCAGAGGGACACGGAAAAGAGGGCCUGUUAAUAACAUCUUAUCAGCACCAUGGCGCAGACUGGGACUUCAUCCAUGCUAUUCAUUCUUCAGCUUGCUGUGUUUUUGUCAGCAUUUUCAUCUCAAAUUCAGUAUUCAAGAGCAGGGAGUCCCAAACUAAGCAUGGAAACUAACUCUACAGAUGAUGGGAAUAGUACACAAUGUGGUGGAGGGACACAUAAAUGCACACCUGGUGUUAUCCUGGCGGUAUGGAAACCAGAAAACCCAGCCUUUGCCGAUCAGUUGGCAAGAGCCACUGUUUACUUUGUAGGCUUGUUUUACAUGUUCCUGGGGGUUUCUAUUAUCGCAGAUAGAUUCAUGGCUUCCAUUGAGGUCAUUACUUCACAGGAGAGAGAGAUUACCAUCAAGAAACCGAACGGGGAAAAAAUCACAACGACCGUGCGCAUAUGGAAUGAGACUGUGUCCAACUUGACUCUAAUGGCGUUAGGAUCGUCUGCCCCAGAAAUCCUACUCUCCGUCGUUGAGGUGUGUGGCCAUGGUUUUCAUGCAGGUGAACUGGGCCCUAACACAAUUGUCGGAAGCGCUGCCUUCAACAUGUUUGUUAUCAUUGGCCUCUGUGUUUCUGUCAUCCCCAAUGGAGAGACCAGAAAAGUGAAACAUUUGAGGGUAUUUUUUGUCACAGCAACAUGGAGUAUAUUCGCUUACAUCUGGCUUUAUCUGAUCUUGGCUGUUAUCUCUCCUGGGAUUGUAGAAGUGUGGGAAGGCCUUCUCACUCUGUUUUUCUUCCCGCUGUUCGUGGGGUUUGCUUAUGUCGCUGACCGCAGACUUCUUUUCUAUAAGUAUGUGUACAAGCGCUAUAGAGCUGGGAAGCAGAAAGGGAUGAUCAUUGAAACUGAAGGAGACCCUCAGCUUCCCUCAAAGGUCGACAUUGAAAUGGAGGGCAAGAUGCUCAAUUCUCAUGGAGAGGAUUGCAUGGAUGGAGACAUGGCAAUGGACGAGAGAGAUCUGGACAAUGAGGAAGCCAGACGGGAAAUGGCCAAGAUCUUGAAGGAGCUGAAACAAAAACACCCGGAGAAAGAAACGGAGCAGCUCAUUGAAUUGGCAAAUUAUCAGGUGUUGACCCAACAGCAGAAAAGUCGUGCCUUUUACCGUUGCCAGGCAACCAGGAUCAUGACAGGAGCUGGGAAUGUUUUGAAGAAACAUGCUGCCGACCAAGCCAGGAAAGCCAUUGGUGCUCACGAGGUUCGGUCAGAGGUUUCGGACAAUGACUUCUCAUCAAAGAUUUUUUUUGACCCUGGUACAUACCAGUGCUUAGAGAACUGUGGUACUGUAGCGCUGAAUGUGGUUCGUCGUGGUGGUGACUUGACCAAUACCGUUUCAGUGGAAUACCGCACUGAAGAUGCAACAGCCAAUGCCGGAUCAGACUACCAAUUCACUGAGGGCACAGUGGUCUUCAAGCCCGGUGAGACGGAGAAGGAGAUCCGAAUAGACAUCAUUGACGAUGACAUAUUUGAGGAAGACGAGCAUUUCUUGGUCCACCUCAGCAACGUAAAGGUAAUUUCUGAGGGCACAGGUGUCAGACACUCAGAGGCCAAUCACGUGGACACCCUGGCAGGUCUUGGCCUACCAUGCACAGCCACGGUGACCAUCUUUGACGAUGACCACGCCGGGAUCUUUACAUUCGAAGAACCGGUGAUGACCAUUAGCGAGAGCAUUGGGAUGAUGGAGGUGAAGGUCAUUCGUACCUCAGGAGCUCGUGGAGUAGUUGUCGUACCCUACAAGACCAUUGAGGGUUCAGCGAAGGGAGGUGGAGAGGACUUUGAGGACACCCAUGGAGCACUGGAGUUCCAGAAUGACGAGAUCUGCCAAACUAUACAGAUCAAUAUAAUCGAUGACGAGGAAUAUGAGAAAAACAAGAACUUCUUCCUUGAGAUUGGAGAGCCUCGUCUGGUGGAGAUGAGUGAGAGGAAAGCUGUGUUGCUUCAAGAAGUUGGUGGAUUCGUUAAAACAGACAAAAGACUUUAUGGCAGGGAUGUCUACCGGAAAGUGCAGGGUAGAGAUAACCCUGUUCCCUCCACCAUUAUCUGCAUUGCAGAGGAGGGCGAUGAAGAGGCCCUCUCAAAGAAAGAAGAGGAAGAAAGGCGAAUCGCCGAGAUGGGCCGGCCCACCCUGGGAGAACAUGUCAAACUGGAGGUGGUCAUUGAAGAGUCAUACGAGUUCAAGAACACAGUGGAUAAGCUUAUCAAGAAGACCAAUCUGGCUCUGUUAAUUGGAACUAACAGUUGGAGGGAGCAGUUUGUGGAAGCCAUCACAGUCAGUUCUGGCAACGACAAUGAGGACGAGUGCGGCGAGGAGAAGCUUCCGUCUUGUUUCGACUACGUCAUGCACUUCCUGACCGUCUUCUGGAAGCUUCUGUUCGCCUUCGUGCCGCCCACUGAUUACUGGAACGGCUGGGCCUGCUUCGUGGUGUCCAUCAGUGUGAUCGGAAUGCUCACCGCCAUCAUUGGUGACCUGGCGUCCCACUUUGGCUGCACCGUGGGCUUGAAGGACUCGGUGACAGCUGUGGUGUUUGUGGCUUUGGGGACUUCUGUACCAGACACAUUUGCCAGCAAGGUGUCAGCCACCCAGGACCAGUAUGCCGACGCUUCCAUAGGCAACGUGACGGGUAGCAAUGCCGUCAACGUCUUCCUGGGCAUUGGCGUGGCGUGGUCCAUCGCCGCUAUCUACCACGCAUCCAAGGGCCAGACCUUCAAGGUGAACCCUGGCACUCUGGCAUUCUCUGUCACCCUCUUUACCAUCUUCGCUUUUGUGUGCGUGGGCGUGCUCAUGUACCGGCGCCGGCCUGAGAUUGGCGGCGAGCUGGGCGGGCCUCGUAUCCCCAAGAUAUUGACCACAACGCUCUUUUUCAGUUUGUGGCUAUUGUAUAUUGUUUUAUCGUCGUUGGAAGCCUACUGCCACAUUAAGGGUUUCUAGAACCUACCCAGUUGGCUUGGGGGAAAAAAAUCCACUUUGACUUGGAAACACCUCAUCCAAGGUAUCUUCAAUGCCGACUACUACCAUCAGAAACUUUUAAGCCGUUCAGUGCAACAUAGUGUUGUCUGAACCAGUGACAACCACCUUGCCCACAUCCAUGGGAUCAAUCCCUUCAUUGGGAUCUGUGUUCAUCCCUUUAUUUAAGCAUUCAUCGAUCUCUGC